AUGGCAAAGCUCCAGGAUUAUAUCUUGGAAACUGAAUGCUUUUUCCAUGGUGAAGAUCCCAUCUCUGCAAAGACAAUUCCAGAUGAUGAGAUUCUUGACAAUGAGAACCAGGAAAGAUUGCUCCAGAUAGAGACAGAGCUCAUGGAUUUUGCUUCAAUUAGUCAGCAUUCAGUGAGCGGCAGCCCUGGGAGUUCCUUGGAAAAAGAACUGAGUCCAGGAAUGGUUAAAGCAACAGAAGAGAAAGUUUUGAAUGAAGCCCAGGGAGAGUUGAUUGAAGAAACCAGUAUAACUGAUCUCUUGAUGAUGGGAGCUGAAGCUGUUGAAGCGCGAAAUCAUGUUCUGUCUUCAGCCAUUAUUGCAAAACUCAACAAUCUGUUAAGUGAAGGGGAAAAUUGCGAUAAUCCUUUUCAUCGGCUGGCUUUGUUCUUCACUCAGGGCCUCUUUUAUAAGAGCAUUGAUGCUCCUGAUAAAUUCCAGGAGCCUGUUGCUAAACAGGAAGACAUUUUGGCCACUUUCCAGGUGCUCCAGGAACUCUCCCCAUAUGUUAAAUUUGCUCAUUUCACAGCCAACCAAGCAAUCCUGGAAGCCACAGAGGGUGAUGCAGAAAUUCAUGUCAUUGAUUUCAAUAUCAUGGACGGGAUUCAAUGGCCGCCUUUGAUGGUUGAUCUUGCAUCAAGAAAGAAUGUUGUUUCUCUUAGAGUAACAGCCAUCAUAACUGACUGGGAAACUUCAGUAAAUGUUCAGCAAGCAGGAAGAAGACUUAAAGAAUUUGCAGAAUCAAUCCAUUUUCAAUUCACAUUCGAUCAGAUGCCAAUGAUGACUGACAAAAAUUUUCAAUCACUCGAAGCCGGCCACACUCUGAUAGCCAAUUGCAUGAUGCAUCAGCUUCACAUCCCUAAAAGAAGCCGCUUACUGGUGAAAACUUUCAUUGAUGGUGUGACAAAACUCUCACCAAAAAUUCUCAUUUUAGUGGAGGAAGAACUUUUCAAUUUUACAAGAACUCCGUCAAUGUCAUUUGUGGAAUUUUUCUGUGAGGCCGUCCACCAUUAUACAGCACUUUCUGAUUCACUGGUAAGCAGUUUUUGCAAGAACUCUGAAGCAGGAUUAAGGCAGAUAGAAAAAGUGUUUCUGGGGAUCAGAAUUCUGGACACUCUGAGCCAAUUUCCUUCUUCAGAUGAAGAGAAAAUGCAAUGGGGAAAAGGGUAUGACUGUUUACGAGAAUUCAAGCCCAUAACUAUGAGUUUUUGCAACAUUUCCCAGGCGAAGUUCCUGGCGAGCCUCUUCAGAGGAGGCUAUUGGGUACAAAAUGAGAAGUGGAAGCUGACUCUGUGCUGGAAAUCUAGGCCUCUGACCACAGUUUCCAUUUGGGUGCCAAUUUCAACAUCAAGGUGAUGACACAGUUGAAGCCCACUUGAUUUGUCAACUUAUGAAAAUAGAUUUGAAUGGUUUAGGUAUCGCUUGUUCAUAUGUGAAUUUCUAGUUAGUUGUGCUUCGCGUGAUUAGUUGCAACUUGCCACCAUCUUUAAGUAUUGUUCAU